AGUAUUUACUAAGAAAAAAAAAAUCUCCAAAACCAUGGAUAUCUCUUACUCAAGUCAUCCAAACCCAAAACCAUUUUAUGUUGUUUUAGCGAUUUGCUUUCUUUUCCUUGCAAAUAAUAACAAGGUGAACGCAGCAAAAGUAACUUCCUUCAACUUCACCAAGUUCUCCACUAGCAACCCUAGCAUAACUCUCCAAGGCAGUUCCGAGAUUCUAGGAAACGGGGUUUUGGCUUUAACAAAUCGUGAAAACCCCGUUUCAAACACCGGUCGUGUUUUGUAUGCUACGCCGGUGACUAUUUGGGACAAAGCCACUGGCAACGUUGCUAGCUUUGUAACAUCUUUUUCCUUUGUCGUUGAAGAUGCCGAAGGUGAUUACAUCUCGGCUGAUGGGAUCAUCUUUUUUCUCGCGCCACAAGACACCGAGAUUCCCAACAACUCGAGUGGUGGAUUUCUCGGUGUCGUUGAUAGCAGCAACGCUUUGAACCAAUUUGUUGGUGUAGAGUUUGACACUUACACCAACGAAUGGGAUCCAGAUUCUGCUCAUGUUGGAAUUGAUGUCAACUCUUUGAUUUCGUUGAAGACUGUCAAAUGGAAUCGCGUAAGUGGCUCGUUAGUUAGAGUGAGUAUAAUAUAUGAUUCUUUGUCUAAGACCUUGAGUGUUUCCGUUACUAACAAAAACGGUAGGAUUACUACCGUUUCCCAAGUGGUUGAUUUGAAAGCUGUGCUGCCGGAAAAGGUAAGGGUUGGGUUAUCCGCCACCACAACAACCGGUGGCGUAGAGGCGCAUGAUAUUUACUCAUGGUCUUUCACUUCCAAUUUGGAGACAACUACAAGCAGCACAAUGAAUAAUAUUGCAACCUACGCAUGAUUUGGUCCAAUUAAUCCUAGUCCCAGCUAGUAUGUGUUUUGAAAUAAUUGAAGAUCAUGUCAUAUUAUGACGUGUGGGUGGUGUUGGAUGUGUCAUAUAUAUAUGUAGCUUUAUCACUAUGAUCAACUUAUGUAAUUCGAUAUGAUGGUUGAAAACUUAAAUAAGAUGAGCUUAUGUUGAUA